UAUCUGUCGCUCGCAGGCGUAGCUUGAUCGACUCGUCAACUCACAUUUGCAUCCACGAAAUGUCGUCCCAAGCAGAGCAGAACAGCCUUGCUGCUGAGUUCAUGUCGAAAGUGAAGAUUGCUGACUAUCCUGAUUUAGGGAACCGAUUUGAACCCAAGACUUCCGAGCCUAUUACUCGACCACUCGAUACUCUUGAUGAAGUAUUGUUAUGGCAGCCAGAUGACAAGUUCAAUGUUGCAAACUCCCCUCUUGCUACCCCAACGAUCCCCGCUGGACCUCGACCUAUGACCCUUGUGUGCCAUGACAUGAAAGGAGGUUACAUUGAUGACCGAUUUGUCCAGGGAGUGCCCGUCAGCUCCGCCUACCGUUUCUACCACUGGCAGUACAUCGACAUCUUCAUCUAUUUUAGCCAUCAUUUUGUCACCAUUCCCCCACCCUGCUGGACGGAUGCUGCUCAUAAAAAUGGCACCCUCAUGCUUGGAACCGUCAUCACAGAGUGGCAAGACGGUAAAAAGAGGUGUGCAGAGAUGUACGGGAGCGAGGCAACCUACAAGAGAUUUGCCGACAAGCUGGUGGAGAUUGCAAAGUAUUACAACUUUGAAGGCUGGCUCAUCAACAUCGAGAACCCAAUUCCACCCGAGCACAUGCCCCAACUCCUAGGGUUCGUUGAUUACCUCACUAAGCAGAUGCACCAGCAUAUCAAAGGGUCAAAGGUCAUCUGGUAUGACAGUGUCAUAGCUGACGGCUCCUUGCGCUGGCAGGACAUGCUGAAUGAUAACAAUAGGAUCUUCUUUGAUGCCAGUGAUGCUAUCUUCUUGAACUACACAUGGAAUGAGAACAAACUCGCUACCUCUGUUCAGAAUGCUGGUCCUAGGAAGCAUGAUGUCUAUGUUGGGGUUGAUAUCUUUGGAAGGAAUUGCUUUGGUGGAGGAGGCUGGAACACUUACAAGGCCAUGGAAGUGAUCAAGAGGCAGGGUCUCUCGACAGCCAUCUUUGCUCCAGGCUGGGUCAUGGAGAAACUAGGAGAGACAGACUUUAUCGCCAACCAAGACAAGUUCUGGUCUUUGCUUGAUCCUUAUCUGUACACCCAUGGAGUCUCCUCGCUUCCCUUUGUCACAAAUUUCUGCAGGGGAUAUGGAGAAUUUGGUUUCAAAUGUGGAAAUGAGGUGAUGAAGAAAGCAUGGUGUAAUCUGAGCAGCCAGCAGAUCGUACCAACCUAUGGAACUGAGCAGUUCUGUAACACAGAGGGCGCUUCAAAGAAGACAUCCAUGCAGUACCUGGUGUCCGAUGGCUUCAAUGGGGGUGGUUGUAUUGAGAUCCAUGGAGGACUGGCAGCCAAUCAGAUCACCAGAUGCAAGUUGUUUGCUACCGGUAUCUCUGGAUCACACCCUCUACUUGUCUCAUACACAGUCAAACAUGCUGAUAACUGCAAAGUAUGUCUUUAUCUAUCUACACCAAACAAGGACAUUCUACUGUGGAAUACAUCAGAUGACAUGAAGGCAGGUGAACAGCCUAUGAGUACAUAUGGCCUGAGACUGUCAGCCCUGAUCGACCAAUCCACCGUACCUGAUGCCAUCAAGUCAUCCGAACCCACCAUCUUCUCUCCUCUGGUCGGCACCUGUCACAAGAUCCUCCAGGAUGCAUUCUUUGGCAUCGAUAGCUCAGUGAUACCGACCCAAGGUUGGGUCACAAGGAACUACCUUCUACCAGAGUCUGUGCUGGUCGCUGGUGGUAAGAUCACUGAGAUUGGUGUACUCUGCUUCUCAGCUGAUCCUGUUGAAUCUUACUCAGUCAAGAUUGGUGAAAUCAAGGUCGUCAACCCAAGCUCUCUUCGAGACCAAACACAGCAGGUCACUGACCUCUCUUGUUCAGACAUCACCUGGCAUCCCCCCAUCGCUGAUGUCGUUGACCCCCAUACCGUUGUUUCCCUCUGUGCCACUCUAUCAUGGUCUUACCCUGCCGGCCUUGGGCACCACUUUGACAUUUACUGCUCUGGCGUCGAGCGCGACCCGAACCAGAGCCGGGCCGUCAGCAAGAGUGAUAAGCUCUUCGUCGGGAGGGCGCACUCGCACAGCUUCCGCGUGUGCCACCUUCUCAUCCCGAAGCUGGAGAAGAAAGGACAAGUGGACAGCAUUGAGUUCUGUGUGCAGCCGACAACGAGGGCAGGCUUCUCGGCUCCUCUCCUAGGGGUCUCCAGCUGUAAAGUGGUAUACUCCAAUUAGUUAAGAAGAUUUGAUUUUCCAUGAAAUGCGUUUGAGGAAGAUUCAGUCUCUGCUGAUUUUUGACCUGGUUGUGUGUGUAUGAUUUUGGCCAGCUUCUUUUUUUUGUUCAAUUGCAAUAAGAUACCUUGUUAUCACCACUCAUCCAUUUGCUAUGUGUAUUAUUAUUUGCUGCAGCUAUUGACCUGUGAUAAAUGCAAUCUGUUAUUGCUUUAACAAAGAGAAUACGGGUAUGGCUGUGUUACAGGUGUUGAUAAAGAGAUUUAGAUCAUUCUGGUCCAAACGGCCAAGUUUAUUCUCUUCCUGUUUUAGGCUUUCAAUUGAUAAUGAUAUUCCUGGUUGCAAUGUACUCAACGGUUAAUAAAAGUCAGGUAGUGUUAUUAUCAGUAUGAUAUUCAGAGCAAGAGUGUUAUAGGUGUGCAUUCAUUCUGUCGUCUUGUUGACUACCCAUUCCAUUAGGGUAACCAGGUACCUGCUCUGAUAACAGAUAAUGCCUUUCUUAUUUUAACAGUCCUCAAGCAUGCAAUAAGUUGGUGUGACUUCAGCCAGGAUUUGAUUAUAUUUGCUCGCUCCCAGCUAGAUUAUAGACUCCAUUCCCCCAACAAGGAUUAUCCUUUGAUUAUAAUUUAGCAUUAGUGCUCUUUAAAACAUGAAGUUUAGUUAGUUAGUUAGCUUGUGAGAGUUACUAUGGAUUUUGAAAUGCAAGAGUGAUUUCCCCCAAUAUUUUCUCCAUUUAUCACACAGCAUGCCUCUAAUACAAAAAUAGAUAUAUCCAAUAUGAAAAAGUGACUGUAAACCUAUUUAAGGUGUUCAUUGACUUUAAUUGCACAUUUUGUAAUGUAUUUUACAUUAUAGAGUCUAGAUGUGUAUUAAUAUUACUUGUUUUAUUCAAGUUAUCUAUGCAUUUAAAGAAUACAUUCCUUAUGUUUCUCUAUUUUAUGUUUCAUUUGUGUUAAAAGUACAAAAUUUUCCAGUACUACUGUGCAAUCUCCUACCCACUUUUUGCAUUGUGCAUCAGUUACCACCAAUUAUCGGAAAAGGCCAUUUAGUGACCACAGAAAACAAGAUUAAUCUAUCUCAUCGCUUCUAUCGUAAAUAGAACCUACAUUUCAAUGUAGUUAUGAUUGAAUAUUCAUUUAAUCGUACUAUUUCCUAGCAUUAUCAGAUAAUGUGCAAUUAACAUACUGUUUAGAAUCUGCAAGCAAUGUGGCUGGGAUUUUUUUUUAUGGAUUUGCUUACAAUUUUCGUUGACAUAGUAAAUUAUAUCAACUGAAGCCAUGCUCCUCAGGCUACAAAAUGUUGUCACUUUUGGCAGCUAUUCAGUUUUUAAAGCAUAAGGGGUUUUUUCAGAGGCUAGAAAGAAUAAGAAAAUAUUGUGAUUAUUUUCUAAUUGUAGUUCAUUUCAUUGUCUCACAAUUAUAGUUAAUGUAAAAAUCAUGAGUAUGUUUGAAUAUCAAUGGAAUUUCUGCAUUUUGACAACUUGCAUUCUAUCAUGGCUAGGCUGAAUACAGAUUUGCCUAUAUUUUUAAAGAUGAUUUUAUGAAAAUAAUGCGUGCCUUCUUAGAAUUGUUUGAUAUUUUGUGAUGCAUGUUUAAAAAUAUAAGUAGAAUUUGAGCAGUUAUAUGCAUGGUAGUCGGAGUCUGUAAAUGAAAACAUGUAUGUACUUAGGGUUAUCAUAGAAUGUCAAUUGCCAACCUUGCAUAAGUCCUACUCUCAUAUGGCUUGAAAGUUUGUAGGUCAAGAAAUUGCAUACCUGGGGCCCGUUGCAGAAAGAGUUUCGUCUAAACGCAAGCCAAAAAAUCGAUCGCAAGUCCAAAAUGCGCGCUGUUGAUUGGUUGGAAAUCAAGUUGCGCCUGAAUUUUUAGAGUUGCAAUUGAUUGCAACUUUUUUUCUGCAACGGGCCCCUGGCCUUAUAAAGCUGUAUGAAAUUCAUUAAGUAUGACUUUAUGUCUGUCUUUAUAGCAUUUCAAGGCAGAUUUUUUUUUGAGGUAUGAUAUGCAUUAAAAUGGUAAUUGUGAUACCAUGUUAGGCGAUAUAUCAAGGACCCAAUAUAGUCUGUUUAUUGAAUUUUCAAUGUCGCAAUA